GUCAAAUCACAACGGGGGCGCCGCCGCCGCAGUCAGAGCUCGUCUCUAUGAAACCCUCCGAGGGAACCCCUUAAACUGAUCAAAGUUUGGACUUUUUUUCGGAUGGUACCGGAGUGGAAACGCUCGAACAACCCAAGCAUGACAAGUUGGGACGUUUUGCUACCUCUUGAAAUGUCUUCKUAGCGAGAAAAGUCCGGAAAAGUCUCCGUCGUCCGUAACAAACAAUCCGAGCUGCACCAGGGUAUUCGUGGCCGUCGAGUUUUCCCCCUUCUUUUUCGCUGUUAUUAUCGGUUUCAUUUUGAUUUUUUUCGGGGAAUGUACCUUUUCCGAACCAGUCUAUACGUGUUAARGUGUUUUUAAAGUCGGGAUAGCUCUACUUUUUUCUUAUUUGGACUUUGUUGCGUUGCCUCACCAUGUUGCCGAGCACGGCGCAGUACGCGAUGAAGAAACGGAAGAAGCCGGUGCAGAAAACGCCCAAGCCGCCUCCGCCCGACGGCAGCAAGUCCAACCCGUCCAAACGCCACCGGGACCGCCUCAACGGAGAGCUGGACAAGCUCACCAGCCUGCUGCCGUUCCCGGAGGAGGUGCGGGCGCGGCUCGACAAGUUGUCGGUGCUGCGGCUCAGCGUCGGCUACCUCAAGGUCAAGAGCUUCUUUAAUGCCGUCAUGAAAGCCGGCCCAAACGGCUCCGGCUGGAGCAGCGAGCGGGAGCUGCUGUUUGGAGGAAAAGUCCAGAGCGCCGCGCCGCCGUUGCUCUCCGCCGCYUUCUCCACGGUGACCACCUCCAUCGACGGAGUCAGCUUCUCGGAGGGAGACCUGCUGCUGCAGGCACUGAACGGCUUCGUGUUGGUGGUGACGGCUGAGGGUUACGUCUUCUACACGUCGCCCACCAUCCAGGAAUUCCUGGGCUUCCACCAGGUACAACUCAGCAGCUACCGCAAAUAUGCACCAACCACGUGUGUGUCACCCUGRUGUGUCCCUCAGGUUCUGCUAAAUCAUGAACUUUUUCAGUGUUUUCAAAUAACAGGAACAAAAAUCAAUCAAAACUGUUCAUCUGCAGUGAUUAGAACUGGAGAAACCGGCUUCACCUUCUUCAGACUGCUGGCCAAAGAUCGGCGCUGGGUCUGGGUCCAGGCCAACGCCCGGYUGGUCUAUAAGGACGGGCGGCCAGAGUUCAUCGUGGCGCGGCAGCGAGCGUUGACGAACGAGGAGGGGCAGGAGCAGCUGCGCCUGCGCCAGCUGCAGCUGCCCUUCAACUUCGCCACCGGCGAGGGGCAGCUGUAUGACCUGCCGCUGAGCCUGGACGUCCCAGGCCUCUGCUCUGCGCCCAAGCUCCGGAAGAYGGAGGGAGAACCAAGCAACUCCAACUCCCUGCUGGGCUGCCUGCUGAGCCAGGACCGUGCGGCCUACUGCAAGCACGAGAGCCCCAACGGCAUGAGCUCGCUGAGUGACGUGGCGUUCCAGGACACCCACGCCACCGUGAGCAUCCCCCGAGAGCUGSAGGCGGAGCCGGCGCCYGGCAUGCCUCUGCUUCGCAUGGACCCCACCAUCCAGGACAUGGUGGAGACGCUGGAGUCGCUGUUCGGCGAAGCAGACCUGAUCGAGGCGGUGGAUGUCGGGCCGGAGGAGCUGCAGAGCUGGGAGAACUCGCUGAUGAACUUCACCUCCAGCAACCAGGUGUUCAAGGACGACCUGAACGAUAUUCUGAGCAGCGACAUCCUGAACUACGUGGCAGAGCAGCUGCAGAGCGAGGGCGGCCUGGCCUUCCCCGACCUGCUGGACAAGAUCCAGAACCACAACCCAGAGCUGGCCGGGCAGCAGGACUUCAGCUGGCCYGUCCAGAACCAGAUCCAGAACCAUAUCCAGCCACCUCUCUCUGGGUCGGCCAAGCUCAGCCACCUGGACUUCCCUCCCAUGGCUUCUGCUGAGCUCAACGGCCUGCAGGUUCCGGUUCCGUCUUCCCUUCAACUGGGCAGCUCCACAAACAUGACCUUUAACCCUUCGUGUCGUCAGCACAGAGUUUUUAAAAGCAGUUCUACAGACCUAAUGGACCCGGACCAGAACGUGGGCGGAAUCGUCAACCCGGUGUUUAUCUUUAAAGGCUCCCAGUGGGGCGAGUCCAACCCAGCCCAGAACUUUGUAGAACCAUACACCCCGAAUAUUUCAAGUGGCGCCGGCGUCCAGCAGCCGCUGUCUGGGUUCCAGCCCAACCUCACCAUCCAGAACGCCUUAAGAACCCCCGAGCCCGGCGCGUUGCCCGACCAGCUGGACUGCAUGUUCAGAACCACCACCACCGCCGCCGCGCCACUUCCCAACGGCGUCCAUCACGGCCAGGCCAGAACCGACCAGGAGUCCUUCCACAUGCAGGCCAAGGCCGCCUGCUAUUACAAGGCGAUGCCUGCAGGCGGCGCUGUGGUGGCGGCGCUGCCAUCGCAUAAAGAGGCAGCGCUGACCUACCAGGUUAAGUCCAACGGCYGGACGAUGCAGCAACACUUUCUACACUUCAGUGAAAACACACAGAUGGACAACCGUCCCAUCGUUGGGAACGGAGGAUUCCCCUUCACCUCGCUGCCCAACGGGAAAACCUUCCUGACAGAGAACAAAUAGGACCGCCGGGACGCCUGGACUCCAACUCGGACUGAAAGUYAGACUUAUCCGUGGAAAACCGUAAAGACUGGAGCGACUAACGAGGGUUAGACUGAAGAACAGGCGAAGGACAAGUUCAGCUUUGGUUCAGGUUUGGUGUUGUUGGCUCAAGAAGACAAUCARGACGAUUUAUCACAGCUGGAGAAAUAUUUCCUCUUUUAUUAAACUAUUUGGAUGAUCAGCA